CUCCAGAGUCACCUAAGGCUCCAUUGGAAGACCAUGGCCAUUCAACUAGAGGGGGUGAAAUGUAGGAUGGAGGAAGCCAGUACAGAGAGGGGCAUCGCCGAGCCCUACCUGAAGCUCCACAACCUGUACAGCACCCCUCGCUGUUCGCGCGAGGCCGCUGUUCCCGGGCUCAGUCGCCGGGUCGUCAGCCAGCACUCCUACCCCCUCAACAGCUUCUCCUCGGCGCCCUUCGAUCCCAUGGAGCGCCCCACCUCCCAGGCCGACCUGGAGCUGGACUACAACCCUCCGCGCGUGCAGCUCAGCUCAGCGAACCGAACCGUCGUGUUCCAGGACGGGCGGUGGGUGAAUGAGAACUGCCGGCCGCAGUCCCCGUACUUCUCUCCCUCUUCCUCCUUGCACCAUAAGCUGCAGCACAAGAGGCUGUCCUAGGAGUACCUGCUGCAGGAGGAGAGCAGGUGCCUGCGAGAGGAGAACCGGGCCCUGCGCGUGGAGAACAGGGCGCUCCGCAGGGAGAACAAGAUCCUGCAGGUCUUCUGGGAGGAGCACAAGGCCACGGUGGGAUGCCAGGACAGCCAGCCGCCCUCGCCUCUGCUUCGCAAGGAGAGCGCUUCACAAGAGGCGGUGCAGAAGGAGCCCGCGGCCCCUCCGGCGCAGCGCAGCAAGGAGAGCAGCUCGCUCCAGCUGCUGCGCGAAGAGAACCGCACGCUGCUGCAGCAGCUGCUGGCACAGAGCCAGGCCUACUGGGCCCGGGUUGAGGACAAGGCAGCCGCCGUGGAGAGCUGCACACCCGGCCCCUCUCCCCACGAGGAGCCCCACAGCCCGGGGCUACUGCCCGACCAGGGCCCAGGUCUCUCCUCCUCCUCCGAGGAGCCCAAAGGUCCCGCGACCCCGCAGGAGGACGCCCAGACGCUGCGCGCCUUGCGGGAGCUGAUCUGCAGCCUCUCGGGGCCAUCCAGGGAGGAGGAGGGUAAGGCGAGCCCGGGGCCACUGCAGCUGCUGAGGGAGAGGGGCCAGGCGCUGCGCACCCUGCGCGAGGAGAACCGCCUCCUGCAGGAGAACAGGGCCCUGCACGCGCUGCUCGAGAAGCACGGCGCCCUCCAAGAGGAGAACAAGGCCUUGUGGGAGAACAAGCUGAAGCUGCAGCAGCUGCUGGUCAUCGACACGGUGAUCGAGGUCACCGCCCUCAUGGCGAUGAUCAUCGAGGAGCUGUACGCCUUCAUGCCCGCCAAGAACAAGGAUCCCAAGAAGCCCAGCAGGGUGCGAGAACUUCCUAGCCAAGGAGGACACCGAGUUCAGGCACAGAACAUUCACCGGGCGAAGGGUCCCCUGCGUUUGCUUGCUCCCCUGGCCAUGGCCCACCAGCUUGCGGGUGACAGCGGGCACACAGCCUCCUGAACUCAGAGAAGCAAUAAAGGCCAUGGAGACUGGGGGCACC